CUCCGCCGCCCCGGUAGCGCUGUCCAAGGCCCGCAGCCGAGUGCUGUCCCUGGCUGGACCUGGGGAAAGCAUCCUGCAGCGCGGUGGGAGCUGACAGUCAUUUUCUUCCCGCGAAGAAUUUUUAAACCAGCAGGUUACCAGAGGAAAAAAAAUGGCCACUGGUCGUUCACCAUGUUUCUACAUAGAAGAACUUAAUAAAUACCAACAAAAGAACUGUGUAGAAGUUAGGUAUUGUGAACUGGCUAAGACAGGACCUCCACAUAAUUUUAGGUUUACAUAUCAAGUUAUAAUAGAUGAUAAAGAAUAUCCAAAGGCUGAUGGUAGAUCAAAGAAGGAAGCCAAAAACGCUGCAGCCAAAUUAGCUUUGGAAAUGAUUAAUAAAGACCGUAAGUCAGUUACUUUUUCAUCUCAGCUGACAACAAAUAUUCCAGAAAGACCACCCAUUGAGAAUUACAUAGGCCGUCUUAAUACGAUCUCCCAGAAGAAAAACCUACGUGUAACUUAUGAAGAAUGUAAAUCAAAGGGUGAUGGGCCUGAAGGAUUUCAUUACAUAUGCAAAAUUGGACAAGAAGAAUAUGGUAGUGGUGUGGGUUCCACUAAACAGGAGGCAAAACAGUUGGCUGCCAAACUGGCUUAUGAAAAGAUAGAAUCAGAAACAAUGAGAGAUGGUUUCAGUGCUGUGUUUGGUGAUGGCGAAAGAAACUCUCCAGCAAUGAGUACAUCUAGUUCUGAAUCACCGUCUGAAAAUGGCUUCUCAACAAAUGCAUCAGAAAGCAGUGAUGAUAAGAGUGGCACAUUAGCCAGCUCUUCCGUGUCUCCAGGGGACGGUUCCAGAAAUAAUUCCAGGAAGGUGAAGAGAAGUUUGGCGCCUACGUUUGUCUCUCCUGUGAAGACAGAAGAAAACAUUUAUAGUGUGGACUUAAGGUUGGUCAACGAUUUCACAGAAUUAACACCAAUUGGCUCAGGUGGAUUUGGCCAAGUUUUCAAAGCCAAACACAAAAUUGAUAAGAAGACUUACGUUAUUAAAUGUGUUAAAUAUAAUAGUGGGAAGGUGGAGCGUGAAGUGAAAGCUUUGGCAACACUUAAUCAUCCAAAUAUUGUUCACUACCACAAUUGUUGGGAUGGGCAUGAUUAUGAUCCUGAGCAAAGCUUAAAUUCUUCAAGAUCAAAGACUAGGUGCCUUUUCAUCCAAAUGGAAUACUGUGAUAAAGGUACGUUGGAGCAAUGGAUUGACGAAAGAAGAGGCAAGAAGCCAGACAAACGUUUGGCUUUGAAUUUCUUUCAACAAAUAACAACAGGAGUGCAUUAUAUACAUUCAGAAGAGUUAAUUCAUAGAGACCUUAAGCCAAGUAACAUAUUUUUAGUAGCUAUGAACCAAAUCAAGAUUGGAGACUUUGGACUUGUUACAUACCUGAAAAAUGAUGAAACGCGGACAAGUAAAAAGGGAACAUUACGAUACAUGAGCCCAGAACAGCUUUCUUGUGUGAAAGACUAUGGAAAUGAAGUGGACAUCUAUGCUUUGGGGCUGAUUCUUGCAGAACUUCUUCAUAUAUGUCCCACUUAUUUAGAAACAGGGAAGUUCUUUGACGAUCUAAGGAGUGGCAAAUUAGAUGUAUUUGACGACAAAGAAAAAGAUCUUCUGGAGAAAUUACUCUCAGUGGACCCCAAGAAACGACCUACCGCAUCUGAGAUACUGAAGACUUUGAAAGAGUGGAAUAAUGUUACAGAAAGAAGGAAACGAAACACAUGUUAGAUACUUAAAAAAGUAUCCUGCUUCUGAUAAUUCCAUUUUCCUGUAACUGUCUAAAAUCUGCUUGGGAAUAUUGAUGGUAUUUAUCUUCUAUUUUCAUUUUUUCUCUUUAAUUUUUUUUUUUUGCCACAUUUGAAGAAAGAUUUACAUUUUUUCUUACUUUAGAAACAUUCUUACAUUUGACUUUACCGUGGAUCAUCUUCUUAUUGUGAAAAUACCAAAAGAACCCCUCAAAUUUUCUUUUUAAUACCAAUCAGUGAAUCAAUUAAUUAAUGAAUAUUUAUUAAAUGCCUAAUGUUUCUAGGCAAAAAUAGUAUCAGAUCUAUCUCUGUCUUAAAUAGCUAAUAAUCUAGUUGGAGAAUAUGGUCACUUUUCACUUUCAUGCAUUGGAGAAGGAAAUGGCAACCCACUCCAGUGUUCUUGCCUGGAGAAUCCCAUGGGUGGGGGAUCCUGGUGGGCUGCCAUCUCUGGGGUUGCACAGAGUCGGACACGACUGAAGUGACUUAGCAGCAGCAGCAAACUUAAAUGUAUAUAUCCUUUCCUGAAAAGCACUCAAUUCCAUUGCUACAUACAUACCAACAACAAUGUUCAUAGAAACCCUGUUCAUAAUAGCCAAAAAAUAGGAAACAGUGCUAAUGUGCACCAGAAGAAGAAAGGAUACACAAGUUGUGUUAUAUUCACACACUGGAAUACUGUAUGUAUAGGGUGAAAUGAAGGGAUUUCAGCUGAACACACUAACAUGCCAGAUCUCUCAGGAACAUAUGUUAAGGAAACAAAGCAGACUGCAGAAAAUAUACACAGAAUGAUUCCAUUAAUAUAAAGUUAAAAGAACAUGGUAAGUGGAAUAAGUGUGAAAUGAGUGUGUUUAGGUAUCCAAACGAAUGUGGUAAACAAUACAGGGAAGGAAAGGAGUGAGAACUAUUAUUAGAUUCUGAUAGUGGUUUUCUCUGAGGAGGGACAAGGAGAGAUUUCAGAGUAAACAGUUAAUUUUUUUUUCUUACACUGCAUGUUGAGUCCACUAGUGUUUACUGCAUAAUUCUUUUACUUCUCUUAAAUACAUUUUGUACAUGUUAUAACAGACACUUUAAAGAGAUGAUAAUUGUGCUGUAAGACAAUAGCUGAGCACAGAAAACAGUCAAUCUGGAGGGGUGAGAUCACAUACAGAGGAACCAGGGCACAGGCUUAGAAGUGACAUUCCUGUGAGACUUCCAAGUCUGUGAAGGAUUGAGAUGAAUAGAGAGCACACCACGUGAGGAGCCUGGACGAAGGGCCUGGUAUGCAUCCUGGAAAAGAUAGAUUUGAGAAAUUGGGUACACUAGUUUGGUUCCAUGAAUUGCUGUUGGGAACGUGCUUAGUUGCUCCGUUGUGUCCAUCUCUUUGUGACCCCAUGGACUGUAGCCCGCUAGGCUCCUCUGUCUGUGGAAUCCUCUAGGCCAGAAUACUGGAGUGGGUUGCCAUUUCCUCACUCCAGAGGAUCAUACUGACCUAGGGAUUGCACCCACGUUUCCUGCAUCUCCUGCCUUGGCAGGCAGAUUAUUUACCGUAUAGCCGCCUCGGCCAGAAUAUAAUUAAGGCUGCAUCUUGGAAGAACUUGAGGGUUACUUUAAGCUUUAUAGUAACCAACUGCCUUCACAGGUGGUGCAGUGGUAAAGAAUCUGCCUACCAAGGCAGGAGAAGCAGGAGAGGUGGGUGCGAUCCCUGGGUGGGGAAGAUCCCCUGAAGUGAGGAAAUGGCAACCCACUCCAGUAUUUUUGCCUGGAAAAUUGCAUGGACAGAGGAGUCUGGCGGGCUACAGUCCAUGGGGUCCCAAAGAGUCGGGAGUAACUGAGCACACAGCAGCAACCAACUAUCAUUCUAAAAUCAUCGUGUAAUUUUAUAAUUUUUAAAAUGAGCCAAGUUUAAGCUUAGCAGAAAAAUCAUAGUAAUAGAAAAUACUUUUGUCAAGAUUUAUAGCAAUUUCUAAAAAGUAUAAUUGAAAGCAGUUAAUAUGGUCUUCAACUCCCAGUGCAGUAUUUGAUUAAGGCAAGGUUCAUCAAUGGAUGCUAAAACUUUUGGUUGAAAAGGUAUUGGGAAACAGAAGCCAAAAAAGGAUGUAAAUAUAGUCCCAUAGAUGAUAUUACAAAGGGGAAGAUGUAUCUUUAAAAUGAAAAGAUCUUGUCACCAUAAUAACCAAGUAAUUAAAGGUUCAGCAUCACCAAAAGUGGAAGCACUUAACACCGCACCCCUCCUGAUGUGAUGUAAGAAUUAUAGACUGUCAGCUGUUUAGUUUUCUUGCCCACAGUGUUUAACUGGAAAUUAAUCAUGAAAUUAAAUUAAAAUGAUUAGCCAAAUCCUGAAUGAAGUCACUGAUAAGGUAAUUAACUUGGGUUUCUCAAAAAGUCAGGACGACGAAAAAAAAAGUAGAGGAACUCUU